AUGGCGGCAGCUCGAGACGACGACAUCGACGGCGGCGGCGGGUGCGAUCCGCGUAAGUGUCUCGGGGACGCCUGGCCGGCCAUCCUCGGCGCCCUGACGGCGCUGGUGAUCAUAACGCCCAUCCUUCACUGGUUGUACGCGGGCUCCGAGGACUCGGCCAAGAUCCCGGAGUACACCGUCGCCGUCGCCGCCUUCUCGGGCCUCGACCCCGACGUCGACCUCGCGCGCGCCACGCUCGACCCCGCCUUCGACCUCACCUUCCGCAUCAUGGAGCCGCGCAAGUACAGCGCCGAGUGCGUGGACCGCGGCACCACGGCGUCAGUCUCCUACCGCCGCGUCGUGCUAGCGAGCGGGCCCGUGCCAGAGUUCUGCGCGAGGAAGGAGAACGUCACGGAGGUGGGGUCCGUGAUGGCGUGGGGCAACGCCGUGCCCGUGCCGCGGUUCGCGCGGGAGCGGCUCGCCGAGGAGCUCCGGCGAGGGAACGCCACGGUGGACGUGGCCCUGCUGGGGCCGGCGGCGCCGAGGCAACUGCAGAAGGUGGUCGAGUGCACGGCCGUCUUGGGCCGCGGCGAGGCCUCGCCGACGUGCAAGGUCACGUCCCAGUAUCCGAUCUCGCCCGAGCCCGAGUACCCGCUCGGGCCACGGCCGGCGAGGAAGCUUCUUGAGUCAUGGAACGACUAUAGAUCACUACUCCUAGUUAGCUAG